CUUGGACGCGCGCGCGCACUCGGUGCUUCUAUAUUCAAAUUUGAAAUUCGUCCGUUACCGAAAUAUUGUUUUUUUGUAAAGAAUUUUGAAUAGUGGCCAGUGCUGUGAUUUUAUACGCUGAACUGAUUGGAUCUUGAAGGAUUGUGCGUACUAUUCUUAAAUUGGAUACCUAUACCGCUUAGGUGCGGCUGGAUUGUUAUUUUUGUGUAACACGAAUAAUGUCCCUGUGAGCGAUGGACACGCUAACAUGGUUGUCGUUGGGGCUGCAGUUGGCAGCGCUGUGCUCGAUUGUGGGAGCCCUGCUUUUGUACCUGCUGCGGAAGGUCCGCGUGGGAGAAGUGCAGCCCGCGGACAGCGCCAAGACUGUGCUCGUCACGAGCGUGGACACCGCGCUGGGCUUGCAGAUCGCAACUUACCUCAGCGGCCGCGGCUGGCGCGUGAUCGCAGGCUGCCGGCAAGGAGGUCUUGGGGCCAGGCUAGCAGAAUCCUGGUUGCAAACCCACGUGGCCUCAACUCCUGAGGACCAACCGCCACCGCGCUUAGCGACUGUAGAGUUGGAUGUCGCCAGGGAAGACUUGUUAGAGGAAGCGGCGAGAGCUACAGCGCAGCAUUUACCGGCCGGAGAACAUGGAAUAUGGGCAGUGAUUAACACGGCGGGCAGCAGCGGGCGCGGCGGUGCCUCGUGCUGGGAGAGCGCGCUGCGAACGAACGUGCUCGGCGCGCUGCGCGUUGCGCGAACAUUCGCGCCACUGCUCGCUGCUGCAGCGGUCGACCACCCGCAUGCUGGCCGCUUGUUCUACAUUGGCCUAACAUCGGAUACGGACUGCGAGAGCCUAUCGCGCGGCGACGACGGCGGCGCGGGUGCGGCCGCGGCCCGCUGGGGCGUGUGGGGCGCCGCGCGCGCCCUCAGGGCUUCGCUGAAGGCCCAGGCGCUCCAUGUGGUGCUCCUACACGCACCGGACUUGUCCGCUGCGGAGAUAUAUUCGCUGCCGGCGCAGCUGACUGUUCCGAGCCAGCCGGCUAGCCGGCCAGACACUCCGAGCUCGGACGUGAGCUCCUCCACCACCUGCGCGGUCACCAUGCCGGGCGAGGCCACCGAGUACAGCGCCAAGGUGCUCCCCACCAGCGCCCUCAAACUGCUCGAGGAGGCCCUCACCACCCCCGCGCCCAGAGACACCUACUACCUGAAGAUGAAGCACGACUCCUGGUUCACUAGGAUGCCGUCUUUGAGAGUCACGCAUUAGCUACCUUUCUGUCAGUCUUGGUCUAUCAAUACCAAUGGGUUUUAAGUCAUGUC